AUACAAAACGGGCUGCUAUGACGUUAUUGGAAAGUCCCAGGUUUUGCAGAAGAAGUCCCAGAUUCCACUUAAGCUGUCCACAUAUGAGGAAAUGGAAACCAUGAUCAGCACAGGAUCAGGAAGGACAGUCUAUUCCUGGUGGUGGUGUACUGGAACUUAAAGUACAGAAGAGUAUCAUUUUGCAAAGAGACAUUCUGUUUGUGGGACUGGACCCCCCUCCCCAAGUCAAGUCACCUGAGUUGUGAAGAACCAACCAUGUCACAGGGAACUUUACUGGCAUACGCUAGUGCUCAGGUGUACCAGAAAGAUGCUUCGCCGGAUUCGCAGUGGACGAAUGUUGUCGGUGCGGGCAAGGACCAGGCCGCGACGAGUCAGUUGUGCAUCUAUCGUGAUCAGGGUGGACAGUUUAACCUGGUUAUACGCGAGGACAAAUCAGGGGGACGGGGACAGAUGAUAUUUAGCCUGCCUUUACAAGGCCUGUCUUACAACAAGAAGGAUCCCACACUUAUCGAGCUCACCUUCCACGAUGGAACCAUGUAUACUGCAAAGUUUCUGUCCACUAAAGACUCCAGCAUCAUGCACACUGUUAUCUCUAACUUACUGCACGAAAUCAGGAGAGCAGGAGGAGGCAGUGCAGCAGCAGCUUCACAACAGAAGGACAGAAUAAACACCAAACAGGCCUGGGCAGAAAAGGGAAAGUCCUUAACCCUGCCCACACCUGGCAGAUCACCUGAGGUAGAUGAUGCAGAGGCCCUUGCUGUGUCCCUGAUGAAGGCAGUAGAAGUAGGAGACAAGUCCUUCGCCAUGGAGCUGGCCUCUCAGCUCGCCAACCUCAAACCUAACCUGGAUGUCGCUGUUAGGAACAAAACUGGGCCAAAAAUAAGGUUGAGAGUUUCCAUAGAAGACAAGGACAUGUGUGGGGGACAGUACAUGCUGGACGUUCACCCUUCUACAACCAUUUACACACUCAAAAGGAUGGUCCAGGAAAGGUUGAAGUUCCCCAUCCCUGUUCAGCGGUGGGUGAUUCAGAAAAGACUGUGUCAGGAUGAGUGGACCCUGGCCAGGUGUGGCAUUAAGGGGUCAGGACACACGGCGUACCUGUACCUGCUGACCGCGAUGUCAGCACAGGUGCAGCGGAAUUAUCUGGAGCCGCUUGAGGGGGCAGUCGGAGGGGAGGUUACCCAGGGGGCCGUGGGAGGGGCAGCUCUGCAACCACCACUCGAAGGCCCAGCCAGCAUUCCCCCUCGGACGCCAGUUACCCCGGUCACAGUUGCCCCAGCAACACCAGCCCCGCCCAGGAUGGGCCUGGCAGACACACAGGCGGUUGUGAACGCAGUGUUGGAUCCACAGAGGCCUGCACAACAACAACAACAACAACAACAAGAACAUGUCCUGCUGCAAGGGGCUGCAGCAGCUUCAUUACAACAUCAGCAGCAGGCUGCAGCUAGGGCUUCUCCUGCUGUACAGGCGGUUGGUUGGUCCUGCCCUGCGUGUACGUACGUGAACCAGCCCACGCGACCCGGGUGUGAGAUUUGCGGCACCCCGAGGCCAGAGGACUACCGAGUCCCGGAGAACUACGUCCCAGACCAGGAGGAGAGGGAACGACUUCGGAAGGAGCAGCAGGCCGAGGAGAUGUACCAACAGGCUGAGCUGCGUCGGAGAGAAGCCAACCUUCAAGAGUUGCUGAUGGCAGAGCAGCAGUUCCUGGUGCCGAACACGCUGGAGUUUGAGUGUGCGAUCUGCUUCAUGGAUGUGGAGCCUGGGGAGGGCGUGGUGCUGAGGGACUGUCUACACUCCUUCUGCAGAGAGUGCCUCCGUCAGCACAUAGUCUCAUGUGAAGAGGCGGAUGUGAAGUGUCCGUUUGUUGACGAUGAUUACUCCUGCCCCGCCAUGCUACAGGACAGGGAGAUCAGGGCGCUGCUAAGUCCUGAUGAGUACCAGCGAUAUCAGGAGAGGGGUCUGGCCAUAGCUGAGGGGCAGGCGCGCGACGCCUUCCACUGCAAGACGGCCGACUGCCGAGGGUUCUGCUUCUACGAGGACCUGAGUAACGACUUCUUCUGCCCGGUGUGCGGUCGGCGUAACUGCCUGACGUGCAAGGCAAUCCACGACAACAUGACGUGCCGGGAGUACCAGGACGACCUGCGCAGGAGGGCAGACAACGACGAGGCCGCGCAGCAGACCAUGGCCAUGCUCGAGAACAUGGUUCAGCAGGGGGAGGCGAUGCACUGCCCACAGUGUGACAUCAUCGUGCAGAAGAAGGAAGGCUGUGAUUGGAUACGCUGCUCGAUGUGCCGGACAGAAAUCUGCUGGGUCACCAAGGCCAGGAGAUGGGGGCCAGGGGGUCCAGGAGACAUCAGUGGAGGCUGCCGGUGCAGGGUGGGGGGACAGAAGUGCCACCCAGAGUGCAGGAACUGUCACUAACAACACACCUGCUGGAAACUGUUUAGAGAUGCGUAAGGCCAGGGCUCUCUCUCCAGCUUUUAUACGAACAAAUGCUUUUCGUUCAGUAUUGGUUGCUUAAAUUAUGUUGUAGAGUACUUUUAAAAAAUCAUUCAUUCAUUCAUUCAUUCAUUCAUUCAUUCAUUCAUUCAUUCAUUCAUUCAUUCAUUCAUUCAUUCAUUCAUUCAUUUAUAAUGUCUAGUAUUGUAAAAUUUCUGUUGUUCUGUAUAUUGUAGUUAUAUUGGAUGAUUCGUUGUUUGUUUAUAAUGUUGUACAAAUUUAGAGUCAUUCUUUCUAAAAAGAUAUUAUUACAUUUAUCUUUGUCCUUUCAGAUUGACAUAAUUAAGUUCAAUGUUCAGUGCCAAAGACACAAGGUCUCUGGUGGGGUUUUGGGGCGUACUCUCCAUCACAAUUUGAAAUAGGCUAACUCUGGAAGGCUAUCUGCUGCAUUUCGAUGGCUAAAUCUCCAAUGGCUUUAUCUUACUUCUGCUGAAAUGAUUCGGAUUAUGAAGCUUUUGACGCUCGCUUGUACUGCCUUCUGAAGCUGCUCACAGACAGUACACCAGAGUGAAAAAGAAUGACAUCAAAUUCCUCAGACAACUUGUUCGACCAAGGUGUCACAGGACUGUCAAUAUGUCCACGGCACCAAGGUGCAUUCUGAUUGAGGGUGAAGCCAGGAUGGGAAAGAUAACGCUUCAGAACAUAUGGACACUGGGAGGUGAGACAAUACUGGAACAGCAUGAUGUCAAAACAACUGAAGAUGUUGAUGAUGCACUUGUAUAAGUACAGUAUAAGAGUGAUCCUAGAUCCUGUGUGCUCUUCCUCUUAGAUGGUUAUGAUGAGCCUUGCAAGUUGCAACCAGACGGGCCAUUGCCAAACUGCUAAAAGAGUUCCUCAAGUUGAAGCUGGUGAAAUUGAAGUCUUUAAUGUCGUUCAAAAUAUUAAUUUAAAAAGUGAUGUUUCCGCAGUGUUAUUGUGGAGACUAUAGUAAAUUCCUUUUAACGACUUUGUUAACAUCAUGUUGAUCUGACUCCAGGAAGUGAGGGCCUUAGGAGAAUAUUCCUUUUUUUUUAAAUUAAAAAACCUAUAAACAUGAUAUAGUGCUUGGCAAGUGUGUGAUGUUUUUUUUAUUGUUUUUUUUUUUUUUUGCUUUAUGGUUCCAUACGGGCAGCAGUUUAGGAUAAGUAAAUAAAAUUGGUGUAGUUAUAGAAAACAUUGUUUCAAGUAAACUGAUAAACUGAUGGUACAUGUAACUUACAUGUAGCGCAUAGAUUUGACUGUUGGGGCCCAUUUAUAUGAUAGACCUGUGCCUUGUCCAGCUAACUCCUGAUACAAGUCUAGCUCCUGUACAUAAUAUGUAAAUUCAGUAUGAUUUUGUCAUAUGAUGACAUGUUGAAAUCUUUAUUUUGUCUGUGAGACAAUUUUUUUAUUGGCCUUAAUUAAGUAAGUGAUGGUGCACUGCCUGGAUGUUAGAUUUAAGAAAUGACAGAUUGUACAUGUAGUUCUGCUGUUCCUUACUGACUUGUGAAAAAUCAACACGAAAGUUAUAUAUCCAAGAUAGAAUAUAUGUGAUCUGUGCAAAGAAUUUCUUUUUCUGAUACAUUGUACAUACAUCAAAUUCUUGAAGCUAACAACUUAAAUUCUCAAUAUAUUGAAACAGUGAAGAAAUUCAUUUUUUUAAUGUAAGGCCAUGUUGAUUUGAUUAUAUGGAUGACAUCUGCGCGCGCAUGAAUU